UUGCCGACAUGUCUUCCAAUUUCUGCUCAAAGCCGGAUCUACGCGGGUGCCCAGAAAAACGUUGGUCCAUCUGGGUUUAUAAUUGUGAUUAUCAGGAAAGAUUUGAUUGGGAAUGCUCAGGAAAUUACUCCAGUGAUGCUGGAUUACAAGAUCCAUGCUGAGAACAAUUCGCUCUACAAUACCCCUCCUUGUUAUGGGAUUUACAUGUGUGGAUUGGUGUUUGAAGAUCUCUUGGCUCAGGGUGGAUUGGUGGAAGUUGAGAAGAAGAACAUGAAGAAAGCUCAGAUUCUUUACGGCACCAUUGAUCAGAGCAAUGGGUUUUAUCGAUGCCCAGUUGAGAAAUCCGUGAGGUCUUUGAUGAAUGUUCCAGUUACUUUGGAGAAAUCUGAAAUGGAGGCUGAGAUCCCUUCACCUAAAGUAACUCUUUGAAAAUUUCUAGAGAGA